GAGAGCCUUCGAGUUGGAGAGGGAGCAAGAACAAAAGAAGGCUAUGGACAAACCUGUCAAUGUUCAAGAGUCUGAGGUCGUUAGGGGUUCUGAGAGGAAGCAAGGGUCUGAAGUCGUCAAACCUGCUCACCUCGCGCAUACUGAGGCCCAUGACCGUUCAAAGAUACAUACUUCCAAGGGGUCGAGUCGGUAUACCUCUAGUGGUGCGAGUUCUGGUGGAGCUGGGGGCUAUAAUCCAAACGUCAUUGGGGCGAAGGACACCGUUGGUGAUAUAUAUUAUAAGAGUUAUACCGAGGAAGAACGCGGUGAUGCUCCUCACCAAGCUCCCUGGAGUUUGAAGCAGAAGGACACAUUUCAGGAAUUCGGGCCCUGCCGUGAUUGGUUCUUGAACUCGUUUACUCCUGGAGAGGUUAACCGGCAGAGGGCGAAGACCCAUGAAAUGUUGUAUCGAACUUUCGUGCUUGGAGAAGCUAAUGCUCGUGCCGCCAACCAUCAGAUAGUUCGCGAGUGGCGAACGAUGGUUAGGGAGCGGGCAGACUGGGAGGGUUAUCGCGAGCGGAUACUAAAGCGUAUUGCUGAGUUUGAGAAGUCCAAGGCCACCUUUGAUGAGGAGAAGGCCAAGUUUGUUGCAGACAAGAAGGCCGAGGAAUGGGGGCGCGAGGGCCUUAAAAAUAAACUCCACACUGCUGAACAGCAAUUGGCCAAGGAGAAGGCCGAGUUCAAGCGUAUAUGUGAGAGGGAUAAUGUGCGCGCCUUCGCGGCUCGGAACAAGAUUGUUGAUCUUGAAGCAAAAGUUGCUGAGCUGACCGCGAAAGUUGAAGAUGCGCAGGCUGAGAAGGCUGCCAAGCAGCAGAUGGAGGCUGAGUUGGCUGAGACAAAGGUGCAGCUAUCCAGCAAGGAUAAGGAUCUCCUGGCCAAGGAUGUCGAGAUCGCUGAGCUUAAACGCCGUCUGAAUGAUCAGAUUGACAGAUGCGAGUCCUUGGAGAUCGACCUUGAGGCGGAGAGGGUUAAGGCUGCCACUGCUGAAGAGGCGCGUGCUGUCAGCGCUGCCGCUCUGAAUGUGGCUCAGACCAACUACUCGGAGGCCCAAGGCAUCGUUGACACGCUUGUGUCUGAGGCUGAAUGGAUGUGCACUCGUGGAGUAGUGCUGGUUGCCAACUCUAUCCUCAAUGCUGGUGAGCUGGAUCGCGCUGUCGCUGCUCUUACAGAUUCUGCGCGCGCAGUGGGUCAUCGAGGGGGCUAUCUGGAAUGUGCCCAACAUGUUGAGGAGAUGCUAGGACAAGAGUUUGAUGUGAGCCAUUGCUCGGUGACCGACCAGGCGAAUGCUGCGCUUACGCGUGCUGAGGAUGCUUAUGACAAUCUUACUUUGCCUGUGAUGGAUUUGGUCAUGGAGGCUUUAAAGAAAGACGACUGGUGUCAGCGUCUUAAGGCCAUUCUUGAUCCCCCCCCCCCAGUGACUGUGGAGUUAUCGGAUGAGGAGGAAACAGCUGGCGAUGAUGGUGGAAAUGGCGAUGAUGAUGGCGGGAACGAUGAUGAUGGCGAUGAUGAUGGUGAACAACAUGAUGGACUAGAAUAGGCUUUGUCGAUAGGCUUUGUGCCUUGUAAUUCCUUUUUGUAUUUUGACUGUACAACGUUGCGCUGUUGCGCAUGUUUUAUAUUACAUGAAUUGUAUUUGUGUUUUCCCGUUACAAUUAUUGCAUUGUUGUCAAAAACUUAGGUUAAAUUAGCUCGAAUAAAUGGAAGUCUCUUUAGGUAAAGUGGAAUUGCCCGGUCUCGCGCUUUAUUCGCGGAGGACCUUGGGGGCGGUUCUCGUUUGAUAAUCUCUAAGUUGCUGGAGUGUUUUCGCGCUAAUCAGAAGUUUAACAUGCAUUUGUAACGAAAGAAGUAAUAGAAAACAUGUCGUAUGCUUUCAUUAAUUCGGAAACGGGCGCUUAGGCCAACAUACAUUAAUUGCAAACGGCGUAUAGCCAACAUAGAAACGUAAAAAGGCGCAUGGCCGAAGUAAGUUACAUAUAGCAUUUGCGCAGUUGUUGCGCAUUCCAUGUUCGCGAUAGGAUGUAGCCAUCUAGGGUGCGUAACUUGUAAGCCCCUUUGCCUAGCACUUCGU